AUGUCGGCGGUGAACAAUGCGUCGGUAGACGCGGGAAAACCAGCCGUCGCGAAGAAGAAGAAAAAGAGCAAGAAAAAGGCCAAUGGAUCUGCUCAGACCGGAACGGUGUCAGGAGAGUCCAAUGGUGGAAAGGAUGGAGCGGAGGAGGACGACGAGGACGAUGCGGGGGAGGAUGCACCCGUCACGCCGCCGGCGAGCGAAGCAGCACCGAAACAGUCAGAGGAAAGGGAACUGCCUGUACGGAACGGAUCACAUGAACCGGCGAAAGAWGACGAUCACAAGAACAUACAGCCAGAUGUUGCACAAUCCGCAGCCAGGACCACCACCGCGCGCCUGGACGCCAUGCAGCAGGAACGAGACAGCUUACGGGCCGAGGUCACAGAACUGCGCAGGUCAUUGGAGAGUUUGCAAGAAAAGCACAGCGAGGAGGUGUCUGCAGUGAGAGAAGAGCUGGAGCAGUCCGAACAGGGCAAAGAACACGCCGAGACGCAGUAUAGGAAUCUGCUGGGAAAAGUGUCCACCAUCCGCUCUCAGCUUGGUGACCGGCUCAAGGCAGAUGCCGCAGAGCUGGAACAGGCACGUGAGAGGAUUGAAGAACUGGAGAACUCCAACAAAACAGCAUCCGAGGAGAACGAGCGAUUACAGCACUCUAUUGCGAAGCUCAACUCAGACGUGGAAUCACAAACCUCCGAGAUUGCAACCUUGCGGAGUCGGACCAAUGCAUCUACCAGCAAUUGGGUCAAGGAAAGGGAUGAUCUAGUCUCGCAACAAGCAUACAUCCGCGAGGAAUAUGAGGUCGCGAAGCAAGCCAUGCAGGAUUGGGAGAUUCUGGCCACCGAGGAGCGAUCACGUCGUGAAGCCCUUUCAGAGCGUGCACAGGAACUUGAGGAGCAGCUUACUUCCGCACGCGAAGCUUAUGAAAAGUUAAAAGACGAGUCAGAAACUCAAUCUUCCACUGUCGAUGGCCUGCAACGUGCGCUCCGGGAUAUGCAGGAGGAAAGGAAGCGCGAGCUGCGGGAGAUGGUGGAGCAAUCACAAUCUCAACUCGAUGCACUCCGGACACAGACGAAGAGAGCCGAGGAAGCGGCAGCUCAACUACGAUCUCAGCUUGAGACCACAACAAGUGAGCUGGAACGCGCAGCACCCUUCGAAAAGGAAGUCAAGGAGAAGAACCUACUCAUCGGUAAACUCCGACAUGAGGCCGUCAUCCUCAACGACCACCUCACAAAAGCUCUUCGCUUCCUCAAGCGAGGCAAGCCAGAAGACAACGUUGACCGACAACUCGUCACCAAUCACUUCCUCCACUUCCUCCAACUGGAGCGUAGUGACCCGAAGAAGUUUCAAAUCUUGCAGCUCAUCGCCGCUCUACUCGGCUGGGACGAGCAGCAGAGAGAGCAAGCAGGUCUGCUACGUCAGGGUACUGGCUUCACCAAUACGGGCAGUAGUCUACGGGUGCCAUUAUCCCCUUUCCGUCGAACACCAAGUACACCUUCGCUUUCGGGAGAUUUCAGCCCGAUUAGUCCUAGUGGAGAGAACCGGGAGAGUCUGGCGGAAUUAUGGAGUGAAUUUUUAGAACGGGAGGCUGAGAGUGGAGAUGGGAAGAGCGGCAGUAGUCGGAGGGGAAGUGUCAUGAGUGGUAGAAGUGGGAUGACGAGUCCGACUAUGAGAUUACCGGAGGCGAGGAGGAAGGAUAGUCCGAAAUUGGAGAGUGGUGAUGCUGGGUAG